AGUUCGAGCUGAUCCGUGGGAUUCCGCCUCCUCUGUUGAAGCUGUUCCUGUGAAGGUUGUGCUUCCUGUGUUGAAGACAACUUCGGACCCGGUGAGUGUUCAUUUAUAGGCUCGAUUUUCUGUUUGUCUUCUUCUUUUCGGUUGGCCGUCGGCUAACGUCUUGGUCCUGGACCAUCUUUUUAGGGUCCUGGGACUGACGCUGUGCCGCGUGCCGUUCCUUCGGUUUCAUCCCCGGCUCGGAUAGAUAUCUCUUUAUCUAGGAACCGGGUACUUCACGCUUUUUUCUCUAUUUCUUCCUUUUUUCUUCUUUUACAUUCGUUGACCCUUGGUCUCCCCUUUUUAGGAUCAACGCAAAAGGAAGGGUAGCACUCUUUUGAGGCCUUCCACGCAUCCGAAGAAAGCAAAGGCUUCUCAGCCCUCGGAGAAGGAAGCGGUUUCGGAAGUCAUGCCUCCUCCUAAGAAUCUUCUUCACUUCAUGCCCUUGCCAGGGCAGAAGUUAAAGAGUGUGGUGAUUGCUGAACCGCCGCCCGUGGACCAGCCGCUGAUCGAGGAAGAUAUCAUCCCCUCUCCACUGAAACCAUCUGCUGCUUUGGGGAUCGAAAUCCAGGAUAUCACCGAGGUGAUGGAGGCGAUUGAAGCCGAUUUUGUUCCAGGUUCGGAUGUCCCUGAGGUAGCUGGGGAGAAGAAGGAGUCUGCUGAUCUUCCCUUCGAGAGAGAGAAGAGUCCAGACAAGGAGAUGAUAGAUCUCUCGGGCCCCGAAGCUGCGGUUCCCGAGGUUCAGAAGGAGGUUCCCUCUGCUGGAGAGGAGGAGCAGCCCGAGCAAGGUCUGACGAGGAAGAGGCGCCACUCAACUUUGGGUUCUACUUCUACCUCGGCCCUGGAUAGGCUGAUCCAUGCUGAUCCCUGUUCGGAUGUUCCGCUAAAACGGAUCCCCGAAGAAGUAAGGGAGGCGAUGGCUCGGUAUGCCAGGGCUCCGAUUUUGGGAGAGGACCCCUUGGCUCACGUGGGAUCCUUGGUGGGCCCCGAGGCUGCUCGGGAGAAUCUGCUUCGUGCUAACCCGCAGUGGAGGGUUCCUGGGGCCGAAGAGAGGAAUCCGGCUAUGAUGGCCCAGUACUAUCUGAACGAGGUAAUUGCUAGAUUUUUCUCUUUGAGUUGUGUUUUUGUUUUAUGUUUUUCCUAUUUUUGCUCAUCUUUCUCUCGUUCCCAGGCUGUUUUCUGGUCCUCGUUCGCUUCCGAGUGUAGCUCGGUUGAGGAGAAACAAUUGAGGAAAUAUCGUGAGGCUUAUGCUCGUGAUAUUCCCAUUUUGGACCAGAAGGCUGGGCAACUCCUCUCCGAGCUUACGGAAGUCAAGCAGCUAUACCUUCAGUAUAGUCGCGAGGCUAGAGAGUUUGCUGAGAAGAUUGGGGCCGAGGAGAUGAAGUCUAAAUUUGAAGCGGCCGACAAGGAGCAUAAAGAGGCAGAGUUAAGGCUUUGCCAUUUUGUCCAGCAUCGGGAGCUGAUCCAGCAGCAAGCUGAUAAGGUGCCUGUCCUUCGGCUGAAGCUUCGGGAAAAGGAUGACUAUAUUCGGAAGUUGGAGCAGGAGCGAGUCGACCUCUACACUGCUGAUCAGUAUUCAAAGGCUCCAUCAAGAAGAAGUCUUUCUAUGCAACCGUUUUCUCUUGUUUUAUCCAUUCAUUCACCUCGGCUACUGCUUCAUCCUAGAAGAAAAUGA